GGUAGCGAGGAUGCGGCGCUGGCGAGUCCCGGGGCCCCGGCUCCUAAUACUGGUGGUGGGCCUGGGCGCGGCGGCGGGCUCCGAGCCCGGCCCGGUCACCUGCGGCUCCGUAGUGAAGCUGCUCAACGUCCGCCACAACGUCCGGCUCCACUCGCACGACGUGCGCUACGGAUCCGGUAGUGGGCAGCAGUCAGUGACGGGAGUCUCUGCUGUGGACGACAGUAACAGUUACUGGAGGGUUCGGGGAAAGACAUCCACGGUCUGUGAGAGGGGGACUCCUGUGAAAUGUGGGCAGUCCAUCCGGCUGACCCACAUCAACACAGGGCGAAACCUGCACAGCCAUCACUUCACGUCGCCUCUCUCAGGGAACCAGGAAGUCAGUGCGUUUGGGGAGGAUGGCGAGGGAGACUACCUGGAUGACUGGACUGUUCUGUGCAGUGGGACCUACUGGGUGCGGGAUGGCGAGGUACGGUUCAAGCACUCAUCUACUGACAUGCUCCUGUCUGUGACCGGGGAGCAGUAUGGGCGACCUAUCCAUGGCCAAAAGGAAGUCCAUGGCAUGUCCUACUCCAACCAGAACAACAACUGGAAGGUGAUGGAGGGGAUCUUCAUGAAACCCAGUGAGCUGUUGAAGACUGACUCCUAUCAUGCUGAGCUAUGAUGGAUUGCGCUGGGGCUCCUCGGUACCUCUACCACACAGUGUUCGGCUCCUGAAGGAACCAGUCUGUCUCUAAAUGCUUCUGGAGAGAGACUAGUCCUGCACUGGUUGGCACAGGCCAAGGAGCAGAGCCCUGGGUCUCCUGGUUAGUCCUUGUGGGUCUAAUUCUCUGUAUUAUUUAGGGCUCUGUCUCUUGCAGGGUCCUACUGCAGUUGGUUUUCUCCCUGCAGAGGGGCUAAGAGAAACUCUCCCUCCACAGGAAAAGCAGGAAGAAGGGACUUUUAAUGACUUGUGUUUAUCAUCUUGUACUGAGUCUGUUCUCAUUGUAACUACCCUGAGUGUCUACCGUGUUGACAUCCUGCUGCCCCUGUAAACUCCAGAUUGCUGACAUUCAUGCACAGAUGUGCCCUGGGGGGAGAGAGCUGCUGACUUGGACUGGGCUCAUAAAAGAAUUCAAUUGUCAAAGAGUGGGUGAUGCUUUAUCUUGCUCCCAUUCAUAUUUACUUACCGACGGAAUUACUCCAUGGCAUGGAAAUCAGCAGCAACUCCCAGGGGGCGGGCAAGUGUCACAACGCAUCCACUGAUGAAUGGCACCGAUUAAAAAAUAAUAGGCCAG